CAUCUUGGAUGUGCGGAGUGAUUGUUUAGCGAGAAGAAUUGACAAUUUGUUUUAAAAAUUAAGCCUUUUUUAUUGAAUCGCUGAAGUUUUAUCGUGGUGUAGCGACUGAGAAACUCAACCUCGACGUGGAGGAAUCCAGUGAGAGAAGGCAUGAAGACAUCAUCUUAGUCAUCAGUCAUGGCCGAUAAAAGGAAACUUCAAGGUGAAAUAGAUCGAUGUCUGAAAAAAGUAGCGGAGGGAGUGGAGCAGUUUGAAGACAUUUGGCAAAAGCUUCACAAUGCAGCUAACGCAAACCAGAAGGAGAAGUAUGAAGCCGAUCUCAAGAAAGAGAUUAAAAAGCUCCAGCGUCUUCGAGACCAGAUCAAGACGUGGGUGGCAUCCAACGAGAUCAAAGACAAGAGGCAGCUAAUAGAGAACCGCAAACUCAUAGAAACGCAAAUGGAGCGGUUCAAGAUUGUGGAAAGAGAAACCAAGACGAAAGCAUAUUCGAAAGAAGGCCUUGGUCUUGCUCAGAAAGUGGAUCCAGCUCAGAGGGAGAAGGAGGAAGUCGGCACGUGGCUAACGAACACAAUAGACACGCUGAACAUGCAGGUGGACCAGUUUGAGAGCGAAGUGGAGUCUCUUUCGGUCCAGACCAGGAAAAAGAAAGGAGACAAAGAGAAGCAGGAUCGGAUCGAGGAGCUGAAAAAGUUCAUCGAGAAGCAUCGGUACCACAUCCGAAUGCUGGAGACGAUACUGAGGAUGCUGGACAACGACUCGGUGCAGGUUGAAGCCAUCAAAAAGAUCAAGGAUGAUGUAGAGUACUACAUAGACUCAUCGCAGGACCCAGACUUUGAAGAGAACGAGUUCCUGUACGACGACCUGGACCUGGACGACAUUCCUCAGUCGUUGGUCGCCACCUCCCCACCGGGACACUCGCAUUUGGAAGAUGAGAUCUUCCAGAACUCCAGCAGCACACCCACCUCCACCACAUCAUCCUCUCCCAUCCCCCCUUCACCUGCCACUUGCACUACGGAAAACUCAGAAGACGACAAGAAGCGGGGACGUUCAACAGACAGUGAAGUUAGCCAGUCACCUGUGAAGAACGGGAAUCCCUCCUCUUUGUUGUCUUCCUCUUCCUCCUCUUCUUCUUCCGUCUCGGGACUGACCUCAUCCUCUCUGGUCUCUAUGGCGACCAUCGCUGUUGGAGGAAGCAGCGGAUCCGGGGGCAACAGCCAUCACAGCAGCAUCUCCAACACUUUGACUGGCAGCUACAGUAACGCCACCCAGCAGUCACCUCACACGUCGGCGCAGCAGCAGGCCAAAAACUCAGCGAGCUCCUCGGCUCCUAUCUCCAACUCUAGCGCCUCUACCAACAGCCACAGCGCCUCCUCAGAAUCCUCGCCACCAAAUGCCAGCAUACAAGGGCUCCUUACUUUGAACUCCCAGCCCCAGGCGCUUUUGGGUCCCACAUCGACCUCUAACAGCCUCGGCCUCAGUCUGGGACUCUCUCUGGGGAAAGGCAUCAUGUCCGGUUCCAUCCCCACCAGCCCGAUGUCGGGGAGCCUCGGCCUGUCAGGGAUGCCGGCAUCUCUGAGCACGAUGGCGAGCCUUCUGUCCAGCUCCACCCCAACUCCUUACGCCCAGGCAGCCGCCUUAGGCACGGGCAGCUCAGGCUUACCGGGCUCUCUCGGGGGUGUCAGCACUACAACAACCAACAGCGGGUUGGGCGCCAUCGGCAGUGGAAGCAUCACAGUCGGCGGGCUGACGUCUUUGACGGGAGACCUGCUCGGCGCAGCUUCAGGAUUGGGCAGCAUCGGCUCCGGCAUUCUGGGUUUGAGUUCCGCCCAGUCAGGAGUGCAGGGGUCUUCCCUGUUGUCACAGAGUCCAGUAGGAAGUCUAGCUCCAGGAAGUGGGAUCGGCGUUAUCGGAAGCAGCGGAGGCAGCUCGGGGUCAACGGGCAGCGGCGUAGUCGGAGGAAGCUCAUCGCUGUCGGUCCGACCGCUGAGCCAACAGAAGCAGAACUGCAGCACUAGUUACAGUUCUGUGGUAGCAGACAGCACAAUAGACUCCGCCCUCAACAGUGCCAGCCAAUCACAAAGCAGCCAAUCUUCAUGUUUGACCUCCACAGCCAAUCCGCUUAAGGACACCGGUCCCAGUUUACUGGGUUCUUUGAGUUUGUCAUCCAGCUCCCCGUCACCGGCCUACAGCGAGGCUAAAACAUCGAGCCUGCUGAACGGACCGCUGUCCUACUCACCACCCGAAAGCAUCAAGCCCCAGGAGUCUCUGAGCAGCCUCAAGUCUAUCUCCGACCAAGCAGCACUCAGCUCAGGGAUUGAGGGAGACGUGGCCUCCCUGCACCUUACUCCAGACAUCUUCCCCAGCAGCACUACGGCCCAGUCAGGCUCCUCAUCAGCACCGCAGCCCUCGCUGUCAGAGGUCAGCAUCCUCCCAUCAUUGGGGGUCUGUCCGCUGGGGCCGGUUCCCCUUUCCAAAGACCAGCUCUUCCAACAGGCCAUGCAGGAAGCAGUGUGGAUGCACAUGCCCCACCCGUCCGACUCAGAGAGAAUCAGGCAGUAUCUUAUGAGGAACCCCUGCCCCACCCCACCUUUCCACCACCAGAUGCCACCUCCCCACUCUGACACUGUAGAGUUUUACCAGAGGCUUUCCACAGAGACUCUCUUUUUCAUCUUUUACUACCUGGAGGGCACUAAAGCCCAGUACCUGGCAGCCAAAGCCCUGAAAAAACAAUCAUGGAGGUUCCACACAAAAUACAUGAUGUGGUUUCAGAGGCACGAAGAGCCCAAGACCAUCACCGACGAGUUUGAGCAGGGAACAUACAUUUACUUUGACUACGAGAAGUGGGGCCAGAGAAAAAAGGAGGGCUUCACGUUCGAGUAUCGGUACCUAGAGGACCGAGACCUCCAGUGACCUGCACAGAAACAGACGGACGGACAGCUGAGAAAGUAAGAGAGGGACGGAUGGAUGGACAGACUGAUUAAAGGAAGAGUGAUCCGCCUGCUGACAUUCCUGGACUCGACCUCAGCUCUCUGAUGAAAGGAGACCGGAGGGCCAGGGGGUAGGAGGGGGGCGUGGAUGGGUUUGAAACCCCCCUUCCCCUCCCAACUGACUCUCCAACCCCGCCUUACCAUCCUCACCUUGGCAGUGACAACUCCUACCCUUUCUCACUUCUCUUCCUUCUCUUCCUCUCCACCGUCACACCUUUUUUUUGCAUCCUUUAUCGACAACCACAUCCAAACUCACGCACCGUCGGACCAUCACGUGAUUUCCCUCUGGUUUUGUUGGCUCCACAAGCUGUUGAGGCUUCAGCCCCACGAGGACCAAAGAGAUUUAGUGAACCACUUCUCAUAGCAGCUAAAGCAGCUGAAGAGUUCCCCUCGUCUGCGCUGCAGCAGCUUUGCAGGCAUGCGUUUUUGCAGUUCAGCGUCUUAUAGAUUUGUUGGCGCACAUCAAAUCUAAAAGCUGAUUUUUUAAAAUGUAUUUUCACAUCGUAUCCAGCAGCAGGACAAGAAAUUAAUGUUACAUUAGAGGAGAUUCAAACCAACUCAGGAUCGUUGCACUGGUUUUUGAUUUGCAGCCUUUUUUUUUUUUUUUUUUACACACGAGACAAACGUGUUGCAGUUUACCAAGAAUAAAUCGUACGAGAAGAACGGCGAAUAGUUUUGCAGUUUAUGUGCACUAACGCAUAAAAAGGCACCAAAACAUCUUUGAUGUUCUUAAUCUGACCUGAAUUUUCUGGAUUA